AUGAGCGCAGCGUUCCCGCCGUCGCUGAUGAUGAUGCAGCGCCCGCUGGGGAGUAGUACCGCCUUCAGCAUAGACUCGCUGAUCGGCAGCCCGCCGCAGCCCAGCCCUGGCCAUUUCGUCUACACCGGCUACCCCAUGUUUAUGCCCUACCGGCCGGUGGUGCUGCCGCCACCGCCGCCGCCGCCACCCGCGCUGCCCCAGGCCGCGCUGCAGCCCGCGCUGCCGCCCGCGCACCCUCACCACCAGAUCCCCAGCCUGCCCACCGGCUUCUGCUCCAGCCUGGCGCAGGGCAUGGCGCUCACCUCCACGCUCAUGGCUACGCUGCCCGGAGGCUUCUCCGCGUCUCCCCAGCACCAGGAGGCGGCGGCCGCCCGCAAGUUCGCGCCGCAGCCGCUGCCGGGUGGCGGCAACUUCGACAAGGCGGAGGCGCUGCAAGCCGACACUGAGGACGGCAAAGGCUUCCUGGCCAAGGAGGGCUCGUUGCUUGCCUUCUCCGCGGCCGAGGCUGUGCAAGCGUCGCUCGUCGGGGCUGUCAGAGGGCAAGGGAAAGACGAGUCAAAGGUGGAAGACGACCCGAAAGGCAAGGAGGAGAGUUUCUCACUGGAGAGUGAUCUGGACUACAGCUCGGAUGACAAUCUGACUGGCCAGGCGGCUCACAAGGAGGAAGACCCCGGCCAUGCGCUGGAGGAGACCCCGCCGAGCGGCGGGGCCGCGGGCAGCACCACGUCCACGGGCAAGAACCGGCGGCGGCGGACUGCCUUCACCAGUGAGCAGCUGCUCGAGCUGGAGAAGGAGUUCCACUGCAAAAAGUACCUCUCACUGACCGAGCGCUCGCAGAUCGCCCACGCCCUCAAACUCAGCGAGGUGCAAGUGAAAAUCUGGUUCCAGAACCGCCGGGCCAAGUGGAAACGCGUGAAGGCUGGCAAUGCCAAUUCCAAGACAGGGGAGCCCUCCAGGAACCCCAAGAUCGUCGUCCCCAUCCCCGUCCACGUCAGCAGGUUCGCUAUCAGAAGUCAGCAUCAGCAGCUGGAGCAGGCCCGACCCUGA